GGCGUCAAUAAUAGUGGCAGCGGUUCCAUUAAUUUUAUUCGAUUUAAAUAAAAAAAAAUAGAAAUAAAAUAGGGAUGGAAUGGUCAGUGACGCAGUCACGUUGCCCAUCAUUAUGUAUGUAUAUAUUUCUCAGUAUGUAUAAGUUAUGUAUGUAUGUAUGGCCAUUCAAUUUCAAUUCAGCUCCUCGCCCGCCUCUGAAACCGCAUUUCUUCUUUCUUCUUCUUCUUCAGAUCUUAACGGAUAAGCACAAGCAUGGAUGGAUCUCCACAAUAUUUUACUGUUACCCUCUGGUUGGUGCCAGUUUCACUUUAACCCAUUUCCUCUUGCUUCCCCGCUUCCCAGAACCUUCCCAAAUUCGAGAUUCAGAUGCUAUAGAGAGAGAGAUAUGUCAUCCUUGCUUUUCCUUUGACCCGCGGACCGACGUGACGUGUUCUAUCGCCAUUGGAUUGCAAGGAGGACCCCGCUGUACCAGAUUUGCUAUUUCUGCGUACCACCGGAUGCUGCUGGUACGACCGCUUCACAACAAACGCCAUACACUUUCGCAGUUGAGUUAGUUGCAUGAUCGUCGGAGAUGGCAUCCGCAUGCGUGAACAAUGUCGGAAUGUCGACGGAGAAUUUUCUGGACUGUUCUACGGGGAAGUUCACCUCUUACGGCUGGUUGAGUCCGAGGAUUUCUUUCAGUCGUGAGGUUACAGAUGAGGAUGCAUUUAAAACCUCCGCCGCUACUAAGAAUCGCUCGGCGACGGACAAUGCGGGGAAUGAGAAGCUAGAUGAGCCAGAUCCAGAAUUCUCUGGGAAAGAUUACCUGGAAUUUGAGUUUCGCCUCGAAGAUCCGGCGAUAAUGCUGCCGGCGGAUCAGUUGUUCUCGGACGGAAAACUUGUUCCGUUGCAGCAGUCUACGGUCAGGCAGUCCAUGGAAUCGGUGCCAGCAUCGUCUGAUGUCAAAUCCCCAGAUACGCCUGUGUUUCGUCUCAGAAGCGAAAUAUCCUCCACAGAGACCUAUUUGUUCUCUCCGAAGGCACCUAGAUGCUCAAGUCGCUGGAAGGAGCUGCUUGGCUUGAAGAAAUUGUACCAGAAUAGCAGCUCGAAGCAGGAAGAUCUUAGGAAGGAAUCUUUAUUAUCCUCUCAUGGUCACACUCACAGCAAAAACUAUACCUCCAGAAGCCUAAAGAACUUCCUACACCGCAGCUCGAAAUCCUCGUUAAAUGCGUCAAAUGAUGCAUCGAUAAGCCUUCCGUUGUUGAAGGACCCCGAUAGUGAGUCCGUUUCGAUAUCCUCUCGGCUUUCUCUAUCAUCCUCUUCAUCAGGCCAUGAACACGAAGAUCUUCCUCGACUUUCUCUCGAUUCAGAUAGACCGAGUAGUAUUUCUCGUAACUCUCAGACCACCAGCAAUCUCUCCAGAGUUCGAGUGGUCAAGCGCAGGUCAGCAUUGUCAUCGGAAAACUCUACAGCUCCCACGCGAACUGGCCGGAGUCCGAUAAGAAGAGCUUCUGAAUCUAACGUUCCAGUACGAGGAGUUUCCGUUGAUAGUCCUCGAAUGAACGCUUCAGGUAAAAUUGUGUUCCACAGCUUGGAGAGAAGUUCCAGCAGUCCGAGCACAUUCAAUGGCGGACCCAGAUAUAAACACCGAGGGAUGGAGAGGUCGUAUUCCGCCAACGUCCGAGUAACUCCGGUUCUCAAUGUUCCUGUCUGCUCAAUUCGAGGCUCAUCCAAAUCUGGUGUGUUUGGUUUUCCUCUAUUCUCCUCGCCACAGAAGAAGGAAAGUGGAGGCAGCACACACACCGGAAACAGAACUCACCAUAAUCACAACAGGAGCCGCGCGGAUCGAAUUUAACAAAGUAAGCAGAUCUCUAAUUUCAUGCUAAUACCUAAUCAACACUCUCCUUAAUUUGUUCUUCAUUCUGCUUGGAUUUCAACGUUCGCUCCUCCUUUUGCCUUUUCCUUUUAACAUUUUCAGAUUUUUCUACUGUAUGUACAUAUGCUAUAUGAACCCGAGAUCUGUAUUUUUCUAGCUGAUUUGCGUUUGCAUAUGAUUCAUCGCUUACUUCGCCUGCUUUUUUCUCUUAAUCGAGUCCAUUUCAAAAACCUAAUCGAGAUAAUCCCUGGCGUAGCUGUUAAGAUUGUUCUUAUUCCCCAUCGCAUCCAUCCGUUGCUUUUGGUUAGCGGAAAGUGACAUGGAAUCUCUGUUUCUUCCACUUUUCAAAAAAGUUGUUUUCUCCUUUUCAUCGAUCUGCUUGCUUUGAGGAGCAUAAGCAUAGAGAUAGAUAGCAUGAGUUUGUUCCUGCAUGUGAAUUCUUCUGUCAUUGACAUCAUUCCGCGCUUCCGUCCCACGCGCCCCUGUGAGACUGGGUACGCCUUUCAAUAACUAUAUAUAUAUAUAUAUGACACGCGCUCCGUUUUCCGCACAUUUCGCAUUCACUGUUGCAUUGGUAGUACACAUGCUCUCUCGUAAAUUGCUUUCUCUAAUUUUAUUUUUCAUUUUACUCACUGAGUCCUUUGUUUCUUGCACAUCCAUAUCCAUGGUGAAUGUAUUUAUUUUAUUAAAUUUAUUUUCAGUUUAAUUAAUUUGUGAUUUAGCAAAUUGAAAGAGGUGUAUUAUUAAUUAAUAGGGGUUGGUUGCGUGAAUAGGAAGCUGGGUAAUUUGUCUCUCAUCAUCAAUGCUUGUCUCCCUUAGCAUAAGAAUAUCUUGUGGACGCAGACCCCUUGAUUGGCUCCAUUCAAUAAUGAAAUGUUGCUUUCUAGCCUGUGUAUCUCUUGACUGCAUCUUUCUACAACAUCACAUUAAAUUGCACUUGCUGCUUUUCACUAAGAUUAUUGGUUUUCUUUGAUUAGCUUAUUAGGAAAUUUUUAUGUGUUUUUGAACUUGUUGUUAUACAUUUACUUGGCCCUCUUUUCUUUUUUUAUCAGUCACACUACUUUUAAUUUACUUCCAUAUUGAUGAAAGUGUCUCUAUGUUUUCUCAUGCAUAUUUUCAAUGUGCUGUUUGCCACACGAGCAAAUCAUUUUUGUCUUUUUUUUGCUUCACAAUUAGUGUGUUUUGUGUCAUGCAUAAUAAUAAUAAUAAGUCUGAUUUAAUUAUUUUAUUUCCAAUAUGUAUGUAUGUAUGGAUGUUUGUGUGUGGGCUGUGUAUAUAUAUAGAUUAGCUUGUAGGUAGGGAUCGUGGAUUGGAAUCAGGGAUUGGGAAAAAGAACGUGACUGAUGAACUGUCGUAUCGCUGUUUGAGAUUCCCAUUUGCUUCCCAUCUCUGGCUCUGUCUCCUCUUGUUAUUAUCAUUUACUACUACUUGCUUUUAAUAAAUAAUGUAUAUAUAUAUAUAUGUGUUAUAUUCUAAUUAAAAAGAAGUAUAUAUAUAUAUAUAUAUGUGUGCGCGCGCGCGUGUAAUUUCAUGGCUAGCUGUUUUGAACGAGAGAUUCCUUUCUGGAAU